CAGAGCUGAUGUUGGGCUUUCCGAAUUUCGUUGUGCACAGGGUACCUCAGAUUAUGACUAUUAAACUACUAUUUCUAUUUUUUCGUUGUGCACCACAGGGUACCUCAGAUUAUGACUAUUAAACUACUAUUUCUAGUUUUUCGUUGUGCACAGGCUACCUCAGAUUAUGACUAAGAACCGUUACUAAGUUUAAGUUAUGAGUAUGACUAACCGUUAGUAAGUUACUAACAAAGAUGGGACUAGGAUAUUAGUACUAAGUUACUCAAAGACAUUACGAAGUAAGUUACUAACAAAGAUUAAGACUACUGUUGCCUAACCGUUUUUAGUCUGUAUUUGUUAAACAAACAACAAGUACAAGAUGACACGUUGUAAUAAAUUGUAUUCACUAAAACUUCUCCACUUCAUCUAUAAUAUCAGGAAGUUUAGACCACCACCACCUAGAAGAUCCUUUUCUUCUAUGCCGCGUAACCACGACAAGAUGACAAGCCUGUUGGUUGGAAGAGUCUGUCUGCUUCUCCUUCUAAUCAGACCGACCUGAGGUUUUUUCAGAUCCUCGCUUGUUUGCGGAGGAACGACGUGGUGUGGUACGAUAUGAAUCACAAGGAAGAAAGAGACUUUGUCUUUGGCGAUUUAGAGUUCGAGCUCUUCUCAGAGUCGGAGAUAGAAGACGGGAGUUUUAGAAGGACUACGAGCAGUCCAGGCACAACAAAUGGUGGCGGCAAUACAACAGGUGAAGAGGAAGACGGUAUAACUGGGAGUAAUAGGAGUACAAGUUGUUGUGCAACAAAUAGUGGAGGGAGUACUAGUGGACGAGGGAGUACUAGAACUAGUGGAGGGACUACAGGUACUACUAGAAGUACAACACAUAGAACAAGUGGUGGUAGUGGAGGGAAUAAAACAAAUGAAGACAGCCCCAUGCCUGAACCUUCUGCCUCCAGACGCCUCAAAAUGUUUGAGGCUGGCUAUCCGGAUAUCUACAGAGCCUUGCACACGGCAGGGCCAUUGAGGCUGUUACCAGCGAGUAUGGGAGAAAUUCUAGUCCUUUUUUUGCGGCUUUAUGCCUUGGAAAAAGAGGCUGGCGCGUUGAGCGGAAGCAAAGGCUAUUUGUUGGUAUGAGAGGAGGUGAACACAGAAUACUGCCAUUCUUAUUUACCAACUAAGAUAGUGCGAUAACAUUUAAUAGCUUAAUAUCAAAUACUUCCUCUUCUCUUCUUCUUCUAGAGGGUGAAGUCGCGUAGACGGUGUCGGUGUUCUAACGACAUGAGCCGGCUCAUGCUCUCCUCUAACCUCCAUGGACGCCAAGAAUAUGCUACAUACGGCAUACUAUAGGUUUGAGCAAGUCGCCCGCUUCGAUCCUUGGCGAUUUGUCGCGAUACGACCACCGCCAGAACUGCAGAAUCCAGUCUUUUCGGCGACAACGUCCCUACUUGGACAAGAUAAGGACAGAGGCAAAGAAGUAUCGACUUGGACUGACUUGGUGCAUGAGGAUGGCUUCUACAUUCCUGGGAGGACUUCUGGGAAGAGGAAAGACAUUCCUGAAAAGACAAAGAACGGUGUCCCUGCCACGUCUCUCUGUAGUGUAGAGGAGCUGUGGAGUCGAGAUUUUGAGCGUUUCAAAGGCAUCUAUCCACCUCUGCGCUGGGACAGAGUCCUGUACAAAUAUGCGCAGAUGAGGUAUGUACCAGACGAAGUUGAGCAGGAAUAUGCAGAGACAUAUGUUGGUAAGGCUACGGUAGCUGAAUCUCCAUGAUUUUACUAACAGCUUGCUCUUCCCGUUUUUCAAUGGAUGAGAAGACGCGCGUGAGCCUGACCAAGUGCCAGCGCCACUGCGUCCUGCCUUCGUAACUUCUUGCUAAAGUCUCUCGGACAUUCCGGUCGCUGUGACGCGUGUCACGCGGGUCGGAAUGCCUGGGGGUCGCUCAAGAGGUCAGGACUGUGGAUAGGCUAUUUUUAUUUGGCAGGUAUAAGCGAACGUCUAGCACUACAAACUAACACCUUGCUCUGCCCGUUUUUCAAUGAUUCUAAUGUUGGCACUAGUAAGAACAGAAAAAACGACAACAUCAACAUCAAGCUCGAUUACAAGGAUGCUUGGCGCGUAGUGGGAAAGGCGCCUUCAUCAAAGGCUAAGACUGCAAGAAGAAAAAACUGGGUCUUGAAUUUUGGAGCUGCUGACGUUAAGGCUAGUACUUGUACUUCCCCUAAGCAGAGGCAUCUGCAGACAGAGGCAUCCAGAUCUUGAAGAGCGUGAGCAUCUCUAAUGCCUGUGAAUGCGGUUACCUGUAUUCGUGGAAUCACGAUCUGGCGAACUGCUUAUUGACAGGCUCAGUAUGGAACAAUUGGCCUGUGCACGAAAAAUCAAGAGUAAAAUCUCUACACGAAGCGUGGCACAGGAAUCGUACUAGCGAUGUUAAGGUCAGGUCACAAUAAUUCAUUUUUAUCCACCAUGAUAAGUAAUCCAAAUGCCUCAUAUAGUACUAGUAGUAUUAAGGUUUAGGUUUGAUCCGUCAGCUGCUUUUAUCCAUCUUGUUGAGCAGAUGAGGAGGCUGGAGCAGAUUGAGGUCUAAUACUGGUGCGGAGGAUUUAGCUGCAAGUGUAUAUGCUGAGCAAGAGAUUCCAAAUGUGCCUGUCUUCAAUAUGUCCGGUUUAGUAGUGGAGGCUCUAGAAGGAAAUAGACAGAGAUUGCGGCGACAGUAUGCGGGGAACAAGAAUUUAUGCUGACAAGAUGUAGUUCUAGUUUGACUAAGACUAUUCGAGAUGAGUGACUAUUUCUUUGAAUGCAAUGAUGAAGCUAAUGCCGCGUGGUUACUAUUGCUUCUUAUUCAUUGAUACAAUUACUUGGUUAUUCAUGCCUCUAGUCGCUCCUAUUCAGUAAUGGUAUCCUAGUCCUCCUCCUGUAAGAAUCGGUUAUAAAAUUUAUGGAUUAGUGCCGAUCUUGUGAAUAAAAUAGUUUGGUUUAAUCUUGAACUCCUGAUAUCAAAUGAAAAUGAGUAUACUGCUAUGAUCACCUCUUGCUAGGCACAUUCAUUCAUUCACUCAUUCAUUCAUUCAUUCGUCAUGUUCUUUCGGGAAAAUGAUAUUGUAGCUCAAUUAGAAGCCCCUCCUUAUUCUUUCAUUCCCUGUCGUCUACUACCUGAACACUCUUGCUUUGGAAGAUAUCGAACCUUUGAUGAUCGACAUGGUCGAGCAAGUUAAGGGUUUCCAGAUUGCAUUCUGCACUACCGUCCCUGAUUUUUUCCCAAGUAGGAAAGAAAUCAGGGAACAUCAAGCUUGCGUUCUGACGAACGCAAUGUCGGACCCCCUAAACAAGAGGGGUUUUCCUUGGCGCCGUUGUUGUUCAAGCUUGACAUCGAUCAUAUGGAUUGCGCGAUGAUGGAGAAUGUUUUAGCUUCCGGCGUAAGACCGCUGGUUUUGUUAUGAAAAAACAACAAAGAAAAAGGAAAACUGAUACUCGCUUCGCGAGUGCAAUGAAUUAGUGGAUGUGCAUUGAUGUCGUGGAGUCUUCUUCGCGAUGUUCUGUUGUCCCUUCUUCAAGAUUCUCAUCAAUUUCAUCUGUUGACUUCGUUUCUUCAAGAUUGAUGAAUCUCAUCAAUCUCAUCAAUUUCAUCUGUUGACAACACCGUUGUAUCCGUUGAACUCUUUCGCUUUCCCCGCCUUUCUUCAUACCCGUUCGUGGAAGCCAGAAGUGUGGAGAUACCAUUGGAAGUUGUCUCUGAGGCCGGCACCCUUUUCGCCACGGAUUACGCGAACGCUGUGAAAGCGCAGAGUGGCUGUAGCCUUUCUGGUUUUGUGGAGUUAUGGUCAUUGUCCUAGCUUUGUCCUAGCUUUUGUCUACUCGAACCUACUUUGUCCUAGCAGGUGCGGCUUGGCCGCGAAGUGGUGGACCCCUAACCUUAGGCCUUAGCCUUUGUCUUUGUCUAUGGUCUUCAAAAGCAUCCUGAGACGAGAAAUGCUACUCCAGGUCUUGUUCUUGAUAUGGAUUCACAACCCAGCGCAGAGCGCACUCUAAUAGACGUUGGCCUUCGAUACGACUACUUCUUAGUGGAAGUUUUGAACGAUGACGCAGUAUUCGUGAGAAAAGAUAUUUUCUUUGACCCGGAUGCUUUUGAGGACGGUGAUGGUAGACAUGCACAUGGAAAAGACACCGACGGAGAGGGUGAUGUCAUUACCACUUCUAGAGGAGAUUAUACGUUAAGGUCACUAGGAGUAUCAUGAUGUUGUCGAAAAAGAUAAUAUUCUGCGCACGGAGUCGUAGUAGUAGUCGAUGAGUAGCUAGUCGAUGACGAUAAUACUCAUUCUGCUCAAGUAGUUCUUGUGGGUGACGUACAUGCAGAUGUUGGGGCUUUCUGUUUGUUGAUGAAAGUUUUCUUACGACAAGAAAAGUGAAUUGUUCAAACCAGCAUUAAUUAGAUGUUAGUUGCAGUGACAUUGAGAAUAUGAAUAUUAUUUGCAGAUGCAGUGACAUUGAGAAUAUGAAUAUUAUUCCUCCAUGCAUCGGAAAUAUUCUUAAUCUCCGUGUCUUCUAUGUCUAAACAACACGCCGAUUCUUCCCUUUUCAGCGCUUCACCCCAAAGCAGCAAGAGAUUUGUCCACUAGGCAGGAGGAUGACGAAAAAAAUGGAGCUGACAGUCGACCGCAGACGAGGCGAAUGAAGUUAUGUUGGAUCAACUUCAUCAUGUAGAUGACGACGAUUUAGAAGUGCCAUGCUUGAUAUCGUCUUUGCUUGUACGUCUACGUCUGCAAAACGUGAUAGAAAUAUCAGUUACAGAAGUUUCUUUAAGUUUCUAAGAUAGACAAGAUUAUCAGGAAACACAACAGGAACCACAGAGAGGAUUAUUGAUAAUAAAGCCGGAACAACAACCAGGAUGAAUAGCAACAGGAUUUUUAGCAGGAACAACCAAGAAUCAUUCAUCUAAUAACCAAAUCUCGGGUAUUCGAGGAGCUUUACUCAACGCGAGAGAAGUAUGUAGAAACAGUUCGGUUUUUGCACACCCAGGGCGCCGCGUGUCACGUGAUGAGGCAUCAAGGAGUCGCAGAGGAAAGAUUUGUUAUGGUUGCAUGGUUGAGUGAGACUUGCUCUUAGAAUGAUGCGAAGUUGAAGUGAAGUUGAAGUUGUAGCGGAACCAUUCACGUACAGCAAGUUGAAGUUGAAGUUGUAAGUAGUCAUAGAGGUGGACAUCGGUCCUUUUUAAUGGCCAUGACUUUACUCAUGUGCAGAGAGAAUAAGAAGUUGGAGUUGUAGACAUAAAGAAACAUUUCUGUGUGUUUUAGUCAACCCGCACAAACAUGGAGCGCGGGCGCGGGCUUGAACGAAGGGUGCGCCAGACGUACCAGCUCUAAACUUCGUUCUUUCCUUUCCGGAGCUGGCGACCACCUCACUGCGUCUCAGAAGAUGUUGUUUUAUGAAAAGAAAAAGCGUACUCAUUCUCAUACUGAGGAACAAAAGAGUGUUGAGUUUCCUCAGCCUAACAAGGCGUGGCUUCCUUUCAUCUUAUGUUGAUGGGUACACUUUUUCCUCUCAUAUGUUUGCAGGAAGUUUCAUGAGCUUUGAUCAUCGUGACAAGAAUCGUGACAAAGCUGGUGGAGCUACUAAUCCGUUACCAAAAGCAGGAGCUGAAAAAGACUGGAAUGCACUUUUUCAACUACGAAGGAGUUCGUUGUUUUAGUCGACGUGAAGAUAAACUUACUUUUACUAGUGAAUUUUAUGUAUCAUUUUCGUUAGUGAAUCGAGCAAGACGUCGAACGAUGGCACGGCAGCAAAUAGUAUAGUUUAGGUUCUUUUUUCAUAGGUUCGAAAGAAUGUAGUUAAUAAAGCAAAGGACCAGGAGACAAAGAGACAAUUAUUGUUCGAAUAUAGCUCCGAUCUAACAAGCAGAGCUUUGUGUUCUUCGUCGUCUUCGCACACCAU